UUUUUUUUUUUUCGCGACCAAUGCAGGUUUGGGCCGAGACAUCACAUGUGUUAAGUCCGGUUAAACAACGCAGUAGUAACUAUACCAAUUACCGUAAAUAACACUCACAAAUGCAAUGGGGUAUAAUAUAGCGAUGGUCUCGGACUUCUUCUUCCCGCAACCGGGAGGAGUCGAGUUUCAUGUCUAUCAUUUAUCUCAAAAAUUGAUUGACUUGGGACAUUCAGUCAUUAUAAUUACUCAUGAUUAUGGAUCAAGAAAUGGGAUUCGAACAUUAACUAACGGACUAAAAGUUUAUUAUGUACCAUUUUUUGUUCUCUAUAGAAGUUCUACAUUUCCAACUGUAUUUCUGGCAUUUCCAAUUCUUCGAAAUAUUUUUAUAAGAGAACUGAUAGAUAUUGUUCAUGGUCAUGGAUCAUUAUCAAAUUUAUGUCAUGAAGCUAUAUUUCAUGGUAGAACUAUGGGAUUAAAAACUGUAUUUACUGAUCAUUCAUUAUUAGGUUUUGCUGAUGUAGGAUCUAUACUUGGUAAUAAAGCUUUAAAAUUUACUUUAAGUGAUAUUGGUCAUGUUAUUUGUGUAUCUCAUACUUGUAAAGAAAAUACUGUAUUAAGAGCUUCAUUAGAUCCAUUAGAUGUUUCAGUAAUUCCUAAUGCAGUUAUAUCUCAAGAUUUUUAUCCACCUCCUCCUACUUCUUCAAAUAAAAGAAUUAAACUGAAAAUUAUUACUAUUGUAGUAAUUACAAGAUUAUUUCCUAAUAAAGGUGCUGAUUUAUUAAUUGCUUGUAUUCCUGAAAUUUGUAAAGCAAAACCUGAAGUUAAUUUUUUAAUUGCUGGUGAUGGACCUAAAUUUUUAGAUUUAGAACAAAUGAGAGAGAAAUAUUUCCUUCAAGAACGGGUAUCAUUAAUUGGAGCCAUUAAACAUGAAGAAGUUCGUGAUGUAAUGGUUCAAGGUGAUAUUUAUUUACAUCCUUCACUUACAGAAGCUUUUGGAACUGUAUUAGUUGAAGCUGCAUCAUGUGGUUUAUAUGUUGUAACUACUAAAGUUGGAGGUAUUGCAGAAGUAUUACCAGGUCAUAUGACAAGUUUUGCUGAACCAGAACAAAGUUCCUUAGUUAAUGCAGCUUUAAAUGCUAUAGAAUUAAUUGAAAAGGGAGAUUUAGAUACUUCAAAAUUUCAUUCAGAAGUUGCUAAUAUGUAUAGUUGGGCUAAUAUUGCUAAAAGAACAGAAAAUGUUUAUAAAUCCAUGGAUACAGGUGAUCAUAAUGUUGAUUUAUAUCAUAGAUUAAAGAAAUAUUACUAUUGUGGAGUAAUUGCUGGGAAAUUAUAUGUAUUAUGUGUCAUAGUUGAUAUAAUGCUAUAUGUAAUACUUGAGUUUCUAUAUCCUGCAAAUGAGAUCGAUAAAGCUACAAAAUGGCCCAAGAAAAUAAAGUCCCAACAUGAUGAUAAUAAUGAAGUUAAUAAUUAAAUUAAUUUAGUUUAGUUUAGUUUAAUUUAAU